AUGUCUUUCAACCUCGAAACACUCAUUCGCCCCAAUAUCCGCACCUUGGAGCCCUACAGAUGUGCACGUGAUGACUUCAAAGAAGGCGUCUUGUUGGACGCCAACGAAAACACCCACGGCCCAGCCCUCAGCAACAUCUCCACCUGGGAACUGGCCUUGGAGCUCAACAGAUACCCAGACCCUCACCAGUUGGAGUUGAAGCAGCAGAUCGCCAAUUUCAGAAACUCGGCACCCAAUCAGCUCGUGGAGAGCUCCACCAGGAAAAUCGAGGCCGACAACCUCUGUCUCGGUGUGGGUUCAGAUGAGAGCAUAGACAUGUUGUUGAGGUGCGUUUGCACGCCUGGUAAGGACAAGCUUUUGGUGUGUCCGCCCACGUACGGAAUGUACCUGAUUUGCGCCACCGUCAAUGACGUUGAGAUGGCUACGGUGCCAUUGACGACGCCAGACUUCCAGAUCGACGUGGAGGCCAUUUUGGCGAAAUUGACCGCAGACCCUUCUAUCAAGCUCAUCUACAUAACGUCGCCAGGCAAUCCGACCGCCAAGCUCAUCGACUGCAAAUUGAUUGUAGAUUUGCUCAAAAGAGCCCAGGAGUCGUGGAACGGUUUGGUGGUUGUGGACGAAGCCUACAUCGAUUUUGUUGACCCCACUGCUCCAAACACCUCCCAGUCUGUAUCCACCUUGGUGAACCAGUUCCCCAACUUGGUGGUUCUCCAGACGCUUUCCAAAUCUUUCGGUCUUGCGGGUGUCAGACUUGGUAUCACGUUUGCAACCCCUGGCCUUUCCCGCUUCCUCAACGCCAUGAAGUACCCAUACAACAUUCUGUCCUUGACCUCCGCAGUAGCGGUGCGGUCCACUCAAGCAGAGGACGGGCUCAAGGUGAUGCAGGGCUACGUCAAGAAAAUCAAGGAGGAGAGAGCAAAGCUUUUGGAGACGCUUUCGAAAAUCGACGGAAUCGGCAAAAACAUCGGCGGCUUGGAUGCCAACUUCUUGCUCAUACAGAUUCUCGACUCUACCGGCACACCCUCUAACGAGGUGGCUGCGAAAUUGUACAAUACGUUGGCGGUUGAGAACGGCGUGGUGGUGCGGUUCAGGGGCAAGGAGCUUAACUGCACCGGCGCCUUGAGGUUGUCAAUCGGCACGGAGGAGGAAAAUGUCACCUUGGUGGAGAAAAUCACCCUGGUUCUUCCCACCUUGAGGUGA